CUAUUCAUCACGUCAAGGAAAGUUCUGCCUCGGAACAAUAAGUCUCGCGUGCAAGACUUUGUUCUGACGCGGCCUGCGUGCAGGCUCACGCCUUCUCCUGGCAGAGCGUCCUCUUCUAGUUAACUUCUUUCCGCUUGACCGCUACAUCUGAGGUCUCGGAUGAUGACUCAGGCGCAGGCUGUGACUCUCCCCGGUUCAUGGCCCUCAGGCAGGAGCCUUGGGUGGCUCUGCCCUCUAUAUUACCACCUGGCUCCAAACCCAGGAAGCAGAGCGGCUGUCCCUGAGGCGCAAGCCAGAGCACACAGGCCAAGCUGCUGGAACGCCUGUGGUCUGAGAUGGCUGCAGAUUACUUUCGGAUGGAAGGGAUCCCCUUGUACACAGAUAUUAUCUCAGACGUGAGGUCUUUGCGGGAUGAAUUCGCGGUCAGGGAUGAGGAUGUCAUCAUACUGUCCUACCCAAAGUCAGGAACCAGCUGGAUAAAGGAGAUCGUCAACCUGCUCCACGCCGGGGGAGACCCCAGCUGGGUGCAGUCUGUGGUCAGCUGGGGCCGUUCACCGUGUGUGGAGACCCGGGAAGGGCUCGAACUCACCAAGAAGCAGCAAGACCCGGGCUCCUACUCCUCCCACCUCCCCGUGCAGCUCUUCCCCAAGUCACUCUUCACGUCCAAGGCCAAG